GGAGGGUUCGCUGUUUGUGUCCCCAGCGCGGAGGCCAUGGCGGCCGUGGCGGGGGGCGGCACCGGGCCCGGCAGCGGCACCGGCAGCGGCACCGGCGGGGCCCGCGCCGCGACCACCAACAUUCUGGCGCAGCUGCGGCACGGGCAGCUCAGCGGGCGCGGGCUGACCCGCGGGGCGCAGAUCACAGAGGCCUUGUUGAAGGAAAGAGACAAGCAGGCAAAAUGGAAUGGGAUCCCCUUAUUGUUGCAGAAACUGUAUGAGCACAGCCACCCAAACAGCGACUUCUCYCAGUGCCAAAGCAUCCUAAAGGAAAUUUCUCCACUCCUUUCRAUGGAAGCCAUGGUUUAUGUCACAGAAGACAGAAAAGCUGCUCAAGAGUCCAGUUUCCCAAACACAUACACAUUUGACUUGUUUGGAGGAGUCGAUCUUUUAGUMGAAAUUCUCAUGAGACCAACUCUUAUUACACAGAAAAAGAAGCAGAAAAUAAGUGAUGACCUCAUCAAGGACUGUUUAAGCAUACUGUACAACACUUGUAUAUGUACUGAAGGUGUCACAAGGCGACUGGCAGAGAGAAAUGACUUUGUGUUGUUCCUGUUUACACUGAUGACAAACAAAAAGACAUUCCUGCAAACUGCAACACUCAUUGAAGAUAUCCUGGGAGUGAAAAAGGAAAUGAUCCAGCUGGAUGAUAUUCCCAACCUGGCCAGUCUGGUGUCCAGCUUUGACCAGCAGCAGCUGGCCAACUUCUGCAGGAUCCUGGCUGUCACCAUCUCGGAGCUCGACACAGGCAGUGAUGACAAGCACACACUUCUGGCCAAAAAUGCCCAGCAGAAAAAAAACUUGGGCCCUUCCCGAGCUGAAAUUAAUCAAGCUACACUUCUGAAUAUUCCAGGCUUCAUCGAGCGAUUGUGCAAACUGGCCACMCGGAAGGUGUCUGAAACAACAGGGACUUCCAGCUUCCUGCAGGAGCUGGAGGAGUGGUACACCUGGCUGGACAAUGCACUGGUGCUGGAUGCACUGAUGAGGGUGGCWAAUGAAGAGGCAGAGCAGAGCAGUACAGAAUCUUCAGAUGAGAGUGGMCUGGCCAACACCUCCACACGGACACAGCUGCCCCAGUCCAUGAAGAUCAUGCACGAGAUCAUGUACAAGCUGGAGGUGCUCUAUGUUCUCUGUGUGCUGCUCAUGGGCAGGCAGAGGAAUCAGGUUCAUAAAAUGAUAGCCGAGUUCAGACUCAUUCCUGGCCUCAAUAACCUGUUUGACAAACUCAUCUGGAGGAAGCACUCRGCCUCAGCCCUGGUUCUGCAUGGACACAACCAGAACUGUGAUUGCAGCCCGGACAUCACUUUAAAGAUACAAUUCUUGAGGCUUCUUCAGAGCUUCAGUGAUCACCAUGAGAACAAGUAUCUCCUUUUGAACAGCCAGGAAUUGAAUGAGCUGAGUGCAAUCUCCCAUAAAGCCAACAUCCCUGAAGUGGAUGCAGUUGUCAACACUGACAGGAGUCUUGUCUGUGAUGGCAAGAGAGGUUUGCUGACCAGAUUGCUUCAGGUCAUGAAGAAGGAGCCAGCAGAAUCCUCCUUCAGGUUUUGGCAAGCAAGGGCAGUUGAAAGUUUUCUGCGAGGCACCACCUCYUAUGCAGACCAGAUGUUCCUGCUCAAGAGAGGGCUCCUGGAGCAUAUUCUCUACUGCAUUGUUGAUAGUGAGUGCAAGUCACGAGAUGUGCUUCAGAGUUACUUUGACCUUCUGGGAGAGCUGAUGAAAUUCAAUAUUGAUGCAUUCAAGAGGUUCAACAAGUACAUCAACACAGAUGAGAAGUUCCAGAUAUUUUUAAAUCAGAUCAAUAGCUCUUUGGUGGACUCMAACAUGCUCGUUCGCUGCAUUACGCUGUCCCUGGACCGGUUUGAGAAUCAGUCUGAUGCUAAAGUUGCAGAGGUCCUGUCCGAGUGCCGCCUCUUGUCCUACAUGUCCCAGAUGUCCAUGAGAAUGUCCUUCCUUUUCCGUCUCAUUAAUAUUAUCCAUGUACAGACACUCACACAGGAAAAUGUCAGUUGUUUGAACACAAGUUUAGUUAUCCUCAUGCUGGCCCGGAGGAAAGAAAAGCUCCCUUUUUAUCUGCGCACCUUGCAACAGAUGGAAUACACGGAAAAAUACCCUGGCUUCAUCCUGAACAACUUCCACAGUCUCCUGCGAUUCUGGCAGCAGCAUUACCUCAACAAGGAUAAAGACAGCACCUGCUUAGAAAAUAGCUCCUGUAUUAGUUUUACCUACUGGAAAGAGACUGUUUCGAUACUGCUCAGUCCGGACCGGACGUCCCCCUGUGCCAUAGUCAGCUACAUCGACGAGGCGUACAUGGACAUUGACAGAGACUUUUCCGAGGAGUGAUUCCCACCCCCGGCUUCUGACGGGCAGCUCGGAGAGUCCCUCCAGCCCGGGGAUUUUCAGGGAUACGCUGUGUAGUGUGUGCGUGCAGCUCGGAGCCACGGAGCAUCGUCCCACCCCAGCCCCUCCCGGCCCUCAGCUCUGACCUCCGACACUCGGACAGCUCUCUGGGCAACGCAUUCAGGGAUGUAUCUUCCAGUUGUUCUGGGAUAAAAAUAAUCACCUGCAAAAACCAGCCUGUACUGUUUUUUUCCUCUCUGCCAGUCUGUCAGGGCUGGGCAGCAGGGGUUUUGCUGACAUGAGUGUUCUCUGUAUGUGCCAGUUGAGGUGUGGCUCUCUCAAGGCUGCCAGGAUGAGCAAAUCAAAAAGCACAGCAAUUGCCCUCCAAGUGUGAGGUCCAAGGAGCCAAUCUGAGCAGGAGCCUCCCACCAGCCACGUGCAAAGCCACCACGAGGACUCGGUGCAGGUGUAACUCUUCCACUGGGCUUUGGAAUUGGGGGGUUGGGGUUGGUUAGAGCAUGGGUGUGUGUGGGUGUGUGUGCUUUUAAUUCCUGAGAGUCCCAGCUCCAGUCACCUCUUUACCAUCUCCUUUUGGACCGUUUGGUACUAAAUCUACCUGUGCAUUAGGAGAGAACCUCUGCUCCUKCUGUCCUUCCUGCAGAUCCUUCCCAUCUGGAGGCGUUUCGCAGUGCUGGAGAACAGAGACAUUUCAGCAGUGGUGGAAUUGCAACAGGGGUUGGCUUUUUCACGGAGCGCUAGCAUUAAAAUGUUCUAAUUUUCUAAACUUGCGGCUUGUCCCUUCUUGGGUAAUUAAUCUGGUUUUAAAAUCCUUUUCAGGACCAUUGCUCUUGAUGUUAACCUGCUAUGCCUGGAAGUCUUAUGUCAGUCUCUGCUUUCAGUUCUUAAUAUCAACACACACAUUAAUCUUGCAGUGCAGUAUUUACUGGAGAUGUCCAUUUUUUCCUGGAUCUGUUUUAAUCAGACUGUGUUAAAUGGUAGGAAUAAACACUCCUGGUUGAAAAUAACUUUGUAGGAUAUGUUGGGAAAGGGGGAAUGGGCUUUUGGCAGUCCUGAUUGCCAAACCUGCCCUGCCUGCUCACCGACACCAUGUUGCUCGAACACAUUCAGAUACCCAGGAAUGAGAUAUGUUACACUUAAGCCACUACAUUUAAGUCAAAAACAUGUCUUGCAGCAACAGCUAAAACAAAGUUUUGAAACAGACCUCUGAAYUUUUUUAACCUUUUCUAAUUUAUUUGAUGAGAUGACUACAGCUCUGUCCAGGCACCCAGGGGGUGAGGACUUCCCAGAGCUGCAGCUUUUUGUCUCGYAGUUGGCAGCAGCAUGAACCCCACCCUGAGGCUCCAUCCCCAGGGACAGGACUUGUCUCUGAACAUCUCCCUUCUCCUCUCUCUUCUCCCAUACCUCRGUGUCCCACUGUGGGCUCACAGGGUGGUCAGAGCUGCUGAGCUUGUGCAUAAAACUGGAGCCUCGCAGGAGCUCCUGGUGUCCCUCUGGUGAGGGGACCCCGGGGAGCUCCUCACUGCAGCAGCUUCACCUCUGUUCUCACCAGGUCACCCCGACCCUGCCCCUCCCUCCUCUCAGCUCAUUUCUUUCUCAUCUGUACUUUUUUUUGUUCUUGGGUAUUUGUGGUUUUGGUGUAUCUUUGCUUCUUAACUGUAAUAGAUGUACACUUGAAAUAAAUGCUUCAAAUUAAAAGGCUUUUAAGUUAAGGGAUGCCUUUUCCAUAGUGUAGUUAAUUGGUGCAUCCACUGAUUGCUGCUGUAUYCUUGCACAUUCUCACUCCCCUCUCUGUGUUUUAAAGACAGUUUGGGGUCCUUCUGCCUCUGUCCUUGCCUGUGGGUCUGGGGGAAGCUGAGCUGAGCCCACACCAUCCCUGGGGCACCUCCCAGGCCUGGGAGCACAGGUUGGGCUUUGCUUUUGGGCUGAUUUGGCAGAGAAAGGCACAGGGAAGAAAACCCUGGCAGCUUCUGUGGGGUGGAGUGUGCUGGGCUCCAGGGAAAAGGCUGUGCCCAGCGUACACAGGAAAUCCUAAGUGGGACAACAUUCCUUUGAGAUGUCUGUCCAUGCUUUGGGAUGUCUGUCCAUGCCAGAUGCCUCAGGAGCUCAGGCUGAGAGGGGCCAGCCCGUGGAGGUGGCAGCAGGCGCUGGCAUGGGAGGGAGGUGGGAUCCCUGGCACUAACAAAUACCUCGGGAAGAACGCACUGUCCCCGUGGGGUCUGAGGUUUGUGCUGCCCUGAUUAAUGCCAAUUUGCUAACURCAAAUAAACAUAUUAAAUGAAAACUA